CUGGUUGCGUAAGUUUCGGUCCUCACAGCGGCGGUAACCCGCAGCAGUCACCCCGUGUGUCAACAGAGUCUAGGCGGACUGAACUUUCUCCCGAACCCUGCUCCUCCCGGACCGGUUCGAACAUGAGGUGGAGUGUCAGGCUCUGAGGUGGGCUUCUCAACGUCCAGGUGCUCAUUCUCUGCACUGAUUGGUCAUCUUUGGCUGUCGUCAUGCAGCUGGCCUAUCAGAAGCUGCCAGCUCAGCUGAGGCGGAGCUCCAAACUCAGGAAGCUGACGGCCAUCCUGAUCGCUGCCUAUGCUGUCAAAAAACUGUCUCCAUACGUGUGGAGGGGCCUACAGAGGGGUGCAGCAGGUACCCAGGGAGGAGGGGCCAAGACACCUGCAGGCGUGAUCAGCUGUGUGGCUGAAGAUGAGAAGAAGAGGAAGGCUACCAGGUCUCCCUCGGUGAACAGAGACUUCUUCCUCAGGCUGUCUCACCUGUUGAAGCUCCUGUUUCCACGGUUACUUUGUCCAGAGUUUGGCCUGCUAGCUCUGCACUCCGUCACUCUGAUGUCCAGAACGUUCUUGUCCAUCUACGUUGCUUCUCUAGAUGGUGUGAUCGUCAGGUGUAUCGUGCAGAAAGAUCCUCAGGCCUUCGCGCUGCAGCUGCUGAAGUGGCUCCUGGUCGCGGUUCCUGCGACGUUCAUCAACAGCGCCAUCCGCUUCCUGGAGGGUCAGCUGACACUUCGCUUCAGGAGCCGUUUGGUUAACCACGCCUACCGGCUGUAUUUCACCAACCAGACCUUCUACCGUAUCAGCAACAUGGACGGCCGUCUGUCCAACCCCGACCAGUCGCUGACCGAGGACAUCGUCAUGUUCUCCGCCUCCAUCGCUCACCUGUACUCCAACCUGACCAAACCCAUCCUGGACGUAGUCGUCACCUGCUACACGCUGCUGCGCACCGCUCAGGCCAAAGGAGCCAACACCACCUGGCCGUCGGCCAUCGCCGGCCUGGUGGUGGCGCUCACCGCCAAGGUGCUGCGCUCCUGCUCGCCACGUUUCGGGAGGCUGGUGGCGGAGGAGGCCAGGAGGAAGGGACACCUGCGCUACAUGCACUCACGCAUCAUCGCCAACUCUGAGGAAAUCGCCUUCUACGCAGGACACAAGGUGGAGCUGUCCCAGCUGCAGCGCAGCUACGGCGCCCUGUCGUCUCACAUCCAUCAGAUCCUGCUGAAGCGUCUGUGGUACGUCAUGCUGGAGCAGUUCCUCAUGAAGUACGUGUGGAGCGCGUCUGGCCUCGUCAUGGUGGCCGUGCCCAUCAUCACCGCCACCGGAUACGCCCAGCACGACUCUGAGGAGGUGAAGCGGGCGGCCAUGGUGAUGAAGGAGGAGGAGCUGGUCAGCGAGCGCACUCAGGCCUUCACCACGGCCAGGAACCUGCUGAACGCUGCAGCCGACGCCGUGGAGAGGAUCAUGAGCUCCUACAAGGAGGUGACGGAGCUGGCCGGCUACACGUCUCGUGUCUGGCAGAUGUUUGACGUGUUUGAGGACGUGAGUCGAGGAGUUUACCGCCGCUCCGCCGUCAGGGAGGAGCGGGCGGCGCCGGAGGUCCAGGUUCGACACGGCCAGAGGAUCUGUGGUCCGCUGGAGAUCAAAGGUCAGGUGAUCAGCGUGGAGAAGGGGAUUCGCUGUGAGAACCUGCCCAUCAUCACGCCAACGGGAGACGUGGUGGUGUCCAGCCUCAACAUCCAGGUGGAGGAUGGGAUGAACGUUCUGAUCACUGGUCCAAACGGCUGCGGGAAGAGUUCCCUGUUCAGGAUCCUCAGUGGGCUGUGGCCCGUUUAUGGUGGAGCUCUGUACCGUCCAGAACCACAGAACAUGUUCUACAUCCCUCAGAGGCCCUACAUGUCGGAGGGAACCCUCAGGGACCAGGUGAUCUACCCGGACUCUCUGGAGGACAUGGUCCAGAAGGGACUGACGGAUUCAGACCUGGAGGAGAUCCUCCGUGUCGUUCAUCUGCUCUACAUCCUGGACAGGGAGGGAGGCUGGGAGGCCGUCAGCGACUGGAAGGAUGUUCUUUCUGGAGGAGAGAAGCAGAGAAUGGGGAUGGCCCGCAUGUUCUACCACCGGCCGCGGUACGCCCUGCUGGAUGAAUGUACGAGCGCCGUGAGCAUCGACGUGGAGGGCAAGAUCUUCCAGGCUGCAAAGGAUGCUGGGAUAGCGCUGCUGUCUAUCACCCACCGCCCCUCCCUCUGGAAGUACCACUCACACCUGCUGCAGUUCGACGGAGAAGGAGGAUGGAAGUUUGAGCCUCUGGACGCUUCCGCCCGCCUGUCCAUGCAGGAGGAGAAGCAGCGCCUGGAGAACCAGCUGUCCGGGAUCCCCAAGAUGCAGCACAGGCUGUCGGAGCUGCGGGUUCUGCUGGGGGAGGCGGAGCAGGAGGGCGAGGAGGCGGAGCAGGAGGGCGAGGAGGCGGCCGGGCGGCCUCUCUGUUAGAGCCAUUUCAUGCCUUUCCUCUCUGCUGUCUGACGUCCACCUGGUCAGGGGCUCACCUGUGGAGCCCAGACAGCAGACACACCUGUGGUUUCACAUUUCAAAGCUUUUAACAUCUGAUUAAGUUAUUGAUUUUUAGGAAAAGAAGAGGUCAUUAAUGAACUGCUGCUGCAGUGGCUGUGAGAGCUGCUUUACCUCCGUUUAGCCGCUCAGUCUCACCUGGUGGCUUGGAAGGGGGCGGAGCUUCACCUGUAAAACUGAGCAGGUACCCAGGCUUGGUCACAACUGUUCAUCUAUAGCAGCUUGUAGGUUUAACUUCAGUCUGAACUGAACUGUCACAGAACCGGUCUGGUGCUCCAGUUCUGUACCUGUGAUUGGUCAGCAGGUGAUGCUCUCGCCCACACCUGGAGCCAGAACACCUCAGCUUCGUUAAAUCAGACAGUGAAGCUGCUGCUGGUCACAGCUUUUACUGCUCAGGAGCGUGCACGUGUCCUGGGGAGCGUGCACGUUUGCCUCCUGUACCUGAUUAACGCACCUAAAACUGAUCUAAGGCAGUCUCACAGCUGACUGACAGCAACCAUGAGGUCAUGUGACAGCUGUAGGCUUUAAUGCCAUGAGGUCACAUGACUGGGGUAAUGUGCCAUUUUGGCUGUAACUGUGUGAACCAAUCAGAAACGCGCCAACAAGUGACCAAUGAGCUGCUGUUGUUCUAGUGCAAUCAAAGUGAAGAUGAUGAUGAUGAAGAGGCCUUAUUUUACAGGAAAUAAAACAUUUUCUGAUGA